AUGCAUUGGUUCCGCCCUCACUUCCUCGUAUCAUGUAGCGUCUUGUUUCUUGUCUUUGGUGGUUUGGACAGCGCUUCGAUCAUGAUCGGACCAAAUGGUAUUCAAUUGAGUGGACAAAACGGCAAUGAUCAGUUUAUCAACAUUGCUUUGCCAAUUAAUGGUUUCAAAGUACAAAUUAGCAGUGACGGAGGAGCAGUUUCUAGUUCGGUGGUGAAUGUACCAGUGAUAGAAACAGCUAAUUACCGAGUAGAUGCAUCUUCAGCUGGAAUAGGUACGCAACAAGCUGCGUCUGCUGGGACUGUCAGAUGGUAUCCUCAAAUGUAUUCGAACCUCGGUUUUACCGCUAAUACGUCAAUCAAUAGGCAAGCCGAUCCUUCUGUCAACACUCAACUCGAAACUCAUCGCAGUUCACAAACACAUUCGUCACCGAACGUUCAGGUUCAAUCUCCAAAUCGCUUCACUGUCAAUGAAGCUAUACCUCAUGUAUUCGUCUCUUCACCUGCUCCUCAAGUCCAAAGCAAACCUUCAAACAGCAAUGGAUGUGAAACACAAGUUGGUUCAAAUGGUGAAAAAACGAUCAGCAUGGCUAAUGGAAAUGUGAACAUUGUUGGUCAAAGUUUGUCAUGCAACUAA